CGCUCGGCUUCUCAGCGGCACUAGAGGGGCACUGUGGGGCUGCGGUAUGGGCGAGGUGCGGGAGCUGUACGCGAGGUUUGACCCAGUUAGCUAUCACAGGACGUACUACGCAGAGGUGGACGCGGAGAUGCAGUUCUUCCUUGAGCAGCUCCAUGUCAUAUUCGCUGAAGGCCUGCCUGGCUGUGUCGGGAGGCACGUGCUCGAGGUGGGCUGCGGCCCCACCAUCACGGCCGUCCUGUCCGCGUCCCGCUGGAGCGAGCACAUCACCAUGGCCGACUUCGUUCCGGCAAACAGGGAAGCCGUAUCGGCUUGGCUGACCGAAGCUGAAGGACACCUGGAUUGGACCCCUCAUCUACGUCAUGUAGCCGCGCUGGAGGGGGGCGGGCUGACCCCCGGCGAGCUGGCGAAGCGCGUCAGGGUCAAGGUCGAACAUGUCCAGCCAGCCGACGUACUCAGCGACCAGCCUCUCGGGGAGACCGCGUCGAACAGGUAUGACGUGGUGGUGAGCAGCCUGUGCCUAGAAUUCGCCUCCUCUGACCUGGACCAGUACCGUCGGGCGGUGCUCGCUGUAUCGACGCUGGUUAAGCCCGGGGGGUACCUGAUCAUGCAGGGCGCUCUGGGGAACACAUUCUACCAGCUGGAUGACGUACGGUUCCCAUCUGUUUCCCUGACUCCCGGAGCCGUUUUGGAGGCGCUCACCGCCGCUGACUGCUCACCUGUCCGCCUGCACGAGAUACCGCGUCUCUGCCCACCCUCCAAGAUGGCCGACCAUACCGGCUGCUUUUUCGUGGCUGCCAGAAAAAUGCAGAAGUGCGAUCAAUGAUGGAAAGUGCUGGGUUAUGCAAUGUCUCGUUUUAUGAGAAAGAUCAAAGAACUACUUGAUUGUAAAACGUCCAGUACCGAGCAGCACAAUACGUUUACACAAAAGUGCAUGUUCUGUCAACCCGUCCGCAGCGUUUCGCACGUGUCCAACCGUUGUUUUGUUGACAGCGUUCCCACGUUAAACAGGUAUCAGAUGUGUUCAGUCACAGCCAGGUGACGUCAUUCCCCCUCCAGAACCUGGCCAAAGGCGCUGCCAGUCAUGCUGUCAAAACACGCGCUCGGGUGAAGUGGCAGGGGGUCAAUUUGGCCACUUAAGGUUUUUCCAGAUGAAUUUACGUGGCGCAACCGCCGAAGGUUUGCAUAGCUGUUGCCAAUUGAAUAGCAGAUAUUUUGGUGCACAAAUGUGUGUACCUUGUAGGGUCGCCGACAUCUGUCAGGUGAAGGUCAGGUCAUAACUGUCAGCAGAGGCAAUCCCUGGGUAAUCGUUCAGUCUGAUGCGACAACGGAGUGUUAGGCGAAGCCAUGCAUCUCUAAGAUGGUUUCAAAGAUAACAAGCCAUUUGAAUGAAGGGUUACGACUAACUGCAUUAACCGUGCUAACAUAUGAACGUCAGACCGAGGUCAAAAUUAAGCGGCUUUUUCACUGAACACCUGGAGUUAUGGAGUAGUCUUUGGUGUUAAUUUCGAGUCUCAUGAUUACAGGAAUGUCAAUAGGCAUCGUAGUUGGACUUUUUAAAUGUCAAAGGAGAUCAGUGACCUAAAACGACCCCGAUCAGCCUGUUGUUUUUAGGUACCAUGCCGCCUAACGUAAUCUUUGAUGUUUGUCUCAAUUCAAGCAUCAAAAUAACCCAGUGCAUUUUUGGCCACCGUGACAUUUUAAAAUUUAAAUAAGGUUACUCAUCUGAAAUGAGCACCAGUGACCUUUGGAAUAGAGCAGGUAUGUAGGGUAAGGGCGGUUGCAUGUGCAAUGUCGGGAGGCACAUGGGACACCAGUCUGGAGUUUUUCAAUGUUCUUGGUUGACCUGAAUGCCAGAGCCUGAGGAUCUAAAAUAUUUUCACAACUAUUUCCUAUUGAUUUUUACCUACUCUGUGAAUUUGGGAUUUCUAGCUCUUUUUAUUUUAGGGAUCUCAGGAGUCAAACUGACCCUCGCCCACACCCGAGCGCGUCGCAUCAGAACAGCCAACCGUGCGCAAGUAUACCGCGUUGUUUGUACAUUUUAAUUAUUGUGUGAUCAAACCUGUCCGAUCUGAUUGUCAACGCCAGUUUUCUCGAAAGCCUUCUCGAUAAUUCAUAGUUUUCACUUGAAGCAGCCGCUCUUUCAUGAAAAACACUAUUGGACUUUGAUCACCACUCUAAAUGUAUACGUUCCAUCUGCCUUUUCCCAACGUAUGUGUUCUAAAUGUUUGCGAUGCAAGAGUUUGUCAAUGCUUGUUCA